UUCGAAGACACAGGACUUCUGCCGUCACCAGCAGUCCCAGUCAGGUACUGGGCAUUCAAGUCUCCAGGAUCCAGCCUAGUUUUGCUAUCCCCCAGUGUGGCAAGCAGAGUCUCUGACAGCUUAGUGGCCUGCACCUGCCGAAUAUUUUCCCACCUUACCGCACUUCCAGUGCCCAGUUCAGGGUGGACAGCUCCAAGAGCGUCCCACUGCGGCCUCUGCCCGCCCCCGCAUCUGUUCCCCUGGGGGCCAAGAGACGCUUCUGGGAAGGCUCCAGUGGCCGGGCUGAUUGACAGCCAGCCGCUCCCGGACGCCGGCUCGCUCUGGUACUUUGGAAAGAAACUUGUGCUGAGCAGUCAUGAGCGCGCCGCGGGAAAUCGGCACCUUCGUGGUGUGGGACUACUUGGUGUUCGCAGGGAUGCUGCUCAUCUCUGCUGCCAUCGGUGUUUACUAUGCCUUCUCCGGGGGCGGCCAGCAGACCUCCAAGGACUUCCUAAUGGGCGGUCGGAGUAUGACUGCGGUGCCAGUGGCACUGUCCCUCACCGCCAGCUUCAUGUCCGCGGUCACAGUCCUGGGGACCCCCUCUGAGGUCUAUCGCUUUGGGGCCAUAUUCAGCAUGUUCGCCAUCACUUACGCCUUAGUGGUCAUCCUCAGCGCCGAGGUCUUCCUCCCAGUCUUUUACAAGCUAGGCAUUACCAGCACCUACGAGUACUUAGAGCUUCGUUUUAAUAAACACAUUCGCCUCUGUGGAACCGUUCUGUUCAUUGUUCAAACGAUUCUGUAUACUGGAAUUGUUAUUUAUGCUCCGGCUCUUGCUUUGAAUCAAGUCACUGGAUUCGAUCUGUGGGGCGCGGUCAUUGCCACUGGGGUGGUCUGCACUUUCUACUGCACGAUGGGUGGUCUCAAAGCUGUUGUCUGGACAGAUGUUUUCCAAGUUGGCAUCAUGGUGGCAGGAUUUGUAUCUGUGAUCGUACAGGCUACUGUGGUUCAAGGUGGGAUCCACAAUAUUCUAAAUGAUUCCUAUUAUGGAGGAAGAUUGAACUUCUGGGACUUCAACCCAAACCCUUUGCAAAGACAUACCUUUUGGACGAUCAUCAUCGGUGGAACCUUCACGUGGACUGCCAUCUACGGUGUUAACCAAUCUCAAGUCCAGCGGUUUAUUUCCUGCAAAAAUAGAUUCCAUGCAAAAAUGUCCCUUUACAUAAAUCUCGUAGGACUCUGGGCAAUUCUUACCUGUGCAGUGUUCUGUGGGCUUUCCCUUUAUUCAAGGUAUCGUGACUGUGAUCCCUGGACGGCAAAGAAGGUGUCAGCAUCAGACCAGCUCAUGCCCUAUCUGGUGCUGGACAUUUUACAAGAUUAUCCAGGACUACCAGGACUCUUUGUGGCAUGUGCUUACAGUGGAACAUUGAGCACAGUGUCCUCCAGCAUCAAUGCUUUAGCCGCUGUAACAGUUGAAGACCUCAUCAAACCUCACUUCCAAUCACUCUCAGAAAAGACUUUGUCUUUGCUUUCAAAAGGCACAAGUGUGCUGUACGGAGCUCUAUGCAUUGGGAUGGCGGCCCUGGCGUCGCUCAUGGGAGCCUUGCUACAGGCAGCACUCAGUAUCUUUGGCAUGGUUGGUGGACCGCUUUUGGGCUUGUUUUCUCUGGGGAUCUUGGUCCCCUUUGCCAACUCAAUUGGUGCCUUUGUAGGGCUCACUACUGGAUUUAUUAUUUCCCUUUGGAUUGGAAUUGGAGCUCAGCUUUAUCCCCCCCUUCCAGAGAGGACUUUACCCUUGAGCCUUGUUACCGAUGGUUGUAACAUAACCAACUCAGACUCCCAGGGGAACUGGACGAUGACCACCACAGAAAUGCCACUUUCUACUAGUGCUCUUCAAAUUCACAAUGUUGAAAGAACUCCCUUAAUGGAUAACUGGUAUUCCUUAUCAUAUCUGUACUUCAGCAUGAUUGGAACCCUGGUCACUCUACUUGUGGGAAUAAUUGUUAGCCUCCUAACAGGAGGAAGAAAACAGAGCACAGAUGACAGAUUCCUACUAACAAAAGCAGACUUUUUAUCCAACUUUGACUUUUUAAAGAGGGAGAAACUAAUUUUAAACCACCAACCUUAUGCAAUGGAAGAUGGUGGCACUUUUAACCCUGCCUUCAACCACAUUGAAAUGAACUUCACAGAAGGCAAAGGAAAGACCAAUGGGGUGCAUUUCUGAGGCAGCUCUUAUACUAUAUGAACUUGAAUGCCUUGACAUUUUUUAUAUUUUUUUUCUAAGAUGAUUGCAUUGAAUUUAGAUUUUGUUUUAGAACACCUCUGCAUUUUUGUACACUCUGCUGGCUGGUCACCGAACCUCUUAGCACUUCAGGUAAUGCUCUAAGACUAUAAGGGGCAGAGAAGGUAAUGACUGGCAUUGGAAAAUGGGAGUUUCCUCACUUGAGAGUUCCUCAUGCCAAUGAAAUCACACGAUUUGUCCCCAUUCCUAUCCCUAUACGCUUUCUGUUGACCUUCCUUUUUUUUUCUGAUCCAUUUUCUGAUCAUUCCGAUCCACUUCUAACUUGACUUCAUUUUUGGGUUCCAAUCAAGUCUCAUCCUAGUACUGAUUCUUUUGGUCCUGGUUCUUCCUGUUGGAUGGAAGAUGGAAGACUGUCUGCUUUCCUUGGUCCUGGUGCUGACAACUCCGCCUCCCCACAAUCUGCCAUGAAAAACAAACUAACAAAACCAUAUACGGUACCUUUUAUUCUGGAUUUGACAUCCCAAGAAAAUGUCUGUAAUCCAAAGUGGAUCACCUAGAAAUCAGAUCAUUCCAUCACAUCUAUAAUCCAGAAUGGAUCACCUAGACAUCAGAUGAUACUAUUACACCAUAAUCCAUAGUGGAUCUCCUAGAAAUCAGAUCAUUCCAUUACAUUCACAGUAAAGUCUUUGAGAGCCUAAUUUAAAGUCACUAAAAUCAAGACCAAUGUUUCAAUGACUAGAAAAUGGUUUUUUUUUUUCUUUUCUUGCCUAAUUAUUCAUUCAGUUUAAUAAUUUAAUCACUGUGCAAAAAACAUUGAAAUUUUUCUAGAAUGAUGUCCUUCAGCUCCUUAGAUACAAAAAGCUCGAAGUUGAUUCAUUACUUAUUUUAUCUUCUUUCCAGUGUAACUAUCUGGUAUCAGGAUUUCAUUGUAAACUUCUUCUCUCCACCCCCACCCCCCAAUACCUACAACAUAUGCUUAUUUGAGAAAUGUGUAGGGACCAAGUUUUUUUUAAUUAUGGUAACUAAAUAUUUGAAAGAUAGCCUGGCUUUGACACAGUGGUAUCAAAUGCACAUAGAGCUGCAUAUUGACUUAGAAAACAACAGAUUAACAUUAUCUGUGUUGUCUUUUUAUUUAUUUUUGUUAAACAUUUUCCAAUUACAUCUUUAAUCUGGCUGGCAGGAAUUGGCAGUUUUGUCCUUGGCUCUCUGCCGCCAAGUGGAUAGAAAGCUAGCCUAGGAGUAAGGGAGGCUUGGGUUCAAGCCUUGCCUUUCUGAGAAAUCCUGACUUUGUGAGCCUUGGGCAGUAAGUCACUGAAGAGCUCAGUGCCUUAGGCAACUGUCUAAGCCUAUGAAUUGCAGAAUAGGUCCCAACCUGCUUGGAUAAAGAGAAUUAUAUCACUGGGAUUUCUAUCAAUGAAAUUUCAGGAACAGUUAAAAAAAAAAAGAAAUAUUUAGAUGUCUUUUAAAAGUUUUAAAAUAAGAAAACAAUUUCCCAGUUGCUUCUUGUCCCCGAUAUUUGAGUAAUAGUAUAUCGUAAUACCAUGUUGAAAUGUUUCCAGCUCAAAAUUUUUUAGAAAGCAUUAUUUUCAGCAAAGAAUGUGAAUAUUCAUACAUUUAUUGAAUAACCAUUUAUCAAGUGCCUACUAUGAACCUGGCACUGUUCUAGGUGCUAGGGGUGCAAAGAAAAGAAACAAAGCAGUCUCUACUCUCAAGGAGUCACAGCCUAUUGGGACCCAUAAGAUAAACAUACAUGCCUAUAUUGCAUCUGACUAAACUAUUUAAUAUGCAUAUGCUUCAGAUACUUAUGGAAUUCUAGUACUGAUGCUUUAAAAAGGCAUCUUGGUGUGUUGGGCAAAGUGCUAGUUUUCAAAUCAGAAGUCAUGGGUUCAAAUUCUAGUUCUGCUUAUUUCUAGCUGUGUGAACCUGGGAAAGGUCACUUACUCAGAGCUCCCAGUUUCCUCAUCUGUAAAAUGGGGAGAAUAAUAUAACACUACCCACCUCACAGGGCUGUUAUGAGGAGAAUGCUUUCUUUGAAAAACCUUUGAGUGCUAGAGAAAUGUGAGCUACUAUUAUUUGUAAGGAAAAAAAUGUUAUUAAUCUUUCUUAUAAUUUUAUAGAUGAGCAAGAUAUUGACUUUUUUGUUUUUGUAUCUAGUUUGAUUGAAAUCAUCUUGAUAUUUAUUUCACAAUUCUGUAUGUUAAAUGAAUAUUCAUAUCAGGAAUGUAAAUAUGGCACUGUCUUGGAAAUGGAAAUCAAGCAUCUUACUAUUGACCCCUUUAUUUGAACAGAGGGUUCAAGUGACCCUGUCAUAUGGGAAGCUAAGGCUAUAAUUCUGACCUAUGCAUUUCUAGAAAAGGAAAAUAUUCCAUUAACCACAUUAGGAGGAUCAAUGAAUUAUAUUAUAUUCUUGGAAGUGGACUUGAGAUAAAGGCAGACACUAAGGAGCUGAAUAAUGCAUAUGAUAUAAUCUUGGAGAAUUUUCUUUCCUUUUUAAUUUUGGUAUAUUGAGGGCAAAGCUGAAGUGAUGGCCAUAAUCUGUGCUAUCCAUUGUAAUCAAUAGGGUGAUGUCAUCUGUCUUGACCCAUCCUGAAAACACAAAAGGCUUUAUUUAGCUGAGGGCAACCUAUGCAUGAUUCAAAUGAUUAACUAGUGAUAACUAGUGUUUAGUUAGUGAUUCAAGGUUUGCACAGCAUUUUACAUGCUAACUCAUUUGAUUUUCAAUUUAUCUAAUUCUCCAACAUCCCUGAAGUGAGUGCUAUUAUGAUCUCCAUUUUACAGAUCAGGAAACUGAGAAACAAAUGAUCAGCCCAGGGUCACACAACUAGGAAGUGUCUAAGGCAGGAUUUGAACUCAGGUCUUCCUGGCUCCAAGUCCCACAUAAAUAUUUAUGCUACUAGCUUCAGUGGAGAAACCAUGGAAAAAGUUCAAGUGGGCUUUGGAUAGUGGGCUUUUGGAUAGAUACUGGACCUGGAGUCAGAAAGACUGGGUUUCAACUCAUCUGCAACACUUGCGUAGCCUCUAGGAAUCUUAGUUUCCUCAUCUGAGAAGUGGGCAUGUAGUCAAAGAGGUGCUCAGAAGAGUGUAAGCAAGGGGAAGAGAAAAACUAUUGGUAAUAUAUGUAGCAGGCUGUGCAUAUCCUCUUAGGCAUACCUAUGCCUGAGUAUCUCCCUUACAGGUAUAUAAGAUGAUGUGUAUAAACUCCUUUGCAAGCCAUUAAGCACUAUGUAUACUCUAUAUACAUACAUAUAUUUAUAGAGUCAGCUACAUUCUGUAGGACCUUGGUGAUGUCACUUAGCUGCUAAUGAAAAACAUGCUUUAUACCUGCCUACCUCUCAAGAUUAAUGUGAGCCACAUUUGUUAUAUGAUGACCUGGGGCAUUUCUACUGCUUAAGAACUGUCACUAUCAUGAUAUUCUGUUAUUGGCAUCAGCAUUUGCUUCGUAAGUUAUUAACUGGGUACCUUUGCACGUGUUAGGUUCUAUCCUACCAUCUGUUGUGAAAAAACCUUGUGAGUCCUUUCUGUUAUAAGAAAAAUUAUUGCAUUGUUUCUGCUUACUUAUCUUCCUUGAUUAAACU